AUGGCCGAGUCAGGGCAGCCAGAGGAGGCUGGAUUAACCUCCAUAACCCCGGACGCUGUCCCUCCGCUCAAGGAGCAGGCACCCCCCGCUGAUCCUCCAGGCGUUUCCCCUCCUCUACCUCCUGAAUCUGAUACAAAUGCCGAUGCUGAGGAGGUGGAAGAGGAGGAGGAUCCCCUCAUCGUUGCACAGAGGGAGAGGGAGGAGGCGGAGCAGGCCCUGGAGGAGGCGGCAGACAUCCAUGAUACCGACGAUCCGGCGCUCAAGGAGUUCUACUCCGACAUGAAGGAGGUGGACCGAGACAACGAGGUCAACCGCAUCCUGGGCGCCUUCAAGCUGAACCCCUAUGAGCAGCUGGGCCUGCGCUUCGACGCGAGCAUGGAGGUCGUGCCGCGGCAGUACCGCAAGUCCUCCCUCAUGGUCCACCCCGACAAGUGCGCGCACCCCAUGGCGAAGACCGCUUUUGAGAUCAUCGGCGCGGCACUCAAGGACCUCAAGAACGAGGACAAGAAGGCAACGCUGGACUUUUUCCUCAACUUUGCUAAAGAGGAGGUGCUGAAGGCCUGGCGCAAGGCCGCCAAGCACGAUGCGGCGGUGCGAGUGGCGGCCACGAUGAACGCGGCGGGCACGGAGGGCGUGCAGGCCACGUACGAGGGCACAGCCCAGUUUCACGAGGCCUGGAAGCUGAAGGCGCGGGAGGUGCUGGCCAACUCGGAGUGGCGUCGGCGCAAGCUGAACCGGCGGAUCGAGGAGGAGACGGAGCGGGCCAAGGCGGAGCACAAGCAGGAGAAGGCGGAGGCCAAGCGCGCGCGCGACCACGAGCGGCGGUGGGAGAAGACGCGGGAAGGGCGGGUGGGCACCUGGCGCGACUUUGCCAGCAAGAAGCCCAAGAAGUCCAAGGGCGGGUCGGUGGCGCUGGGGGGGCUGAAGCCGCCCAAGGCCAAGCAGGAGGACGAGGAGAAGCGCUACAUUCAGCGACCCGUCGGCGAGCAGUUCCGGCCCAACCAGAAGCGGUGA